AGUCGCUGACACAAAGAAUCCGUAUUUCUCACUGCGAGAAAGUUGCAGUCACCAGCACAAGUUACGCAACGCCAAAGGAUACUCGAUUGAAUGCUACCGAUUACUGGGUCGAGGACCAACCGUACAAGUACCAUCCGCAAUGGACUCGCCUUCCAGACGGGAAAGUUGUGGCGAACAACGCCUCAAACUCCAGCACCUUCGCGGGGUAUCGUGAUGCAGUCGAAGCCAAAACCCCGUGGAUCUCCAAGUGGGUACUCUCAACUGAAGGUCGUCGCACUCUGAAGAAAGAUAUACCGCGACUGCUAAUGUACAAUCUGGUGUCUCCUAUGGACUACGGAAAGUCUGUGCGGUCUGGCAACGUGCGUCGCCGUCGCAACAAAGCAAUUGGAAUGUUUCUCACGGACAAUUUGGCGCUCCCUCUUGUAAAAUCUCUUGGUCGAGUUGCUUGGAACCUCAUUCAAAGUCAUUAUGUUGGAUAUUUUGAAGACGAGAUGUUCGCGCAGCGUCUGAAGAUGAUGAACGCCAGCGAAAUGAUAAAGGAAUUCAAUCUCACAGUGCCGAUUGAUGCGAUUGAAGCUGCAGAAGAUGAGGAAUCUCGACCAAACACGACAUUGUCGUAUGUGUAUGAUGGAGAGAGCAAGCGAUCUGUGCUGUAUGCGCGCUAUACUGCAGCUUUUGCGCCGUAUGAAGGUUAUUCGGACGAAUAUUACACCCGCGAUGAUAAUUUACCACUUCCAACAUUCCCAGCCGACAGCUAUCCAUGGCUGUGGUCUCCACGAAUUAGCGAGACGAGAGCAAUAGCGUCACAGCUUCUUGAAUCGCUCAGAACAGGCGAUGAAAAAUUAAACACCGACUCUGGCGGCGAAUCGAGAUCUGAUACCUGUUCAUCGAGUUGUGUUGAACCCGAGAGUACCAAACCUUCACGAGAACUCGCACUGCGAGCAGCAAACGGCAGUAUUCAGGCAAAUCACAGCAAUUCUGGUGAUAAAUCUGCAAUGAGUGCACAAGACGUCGAAGCACUUGAGCAAAUUCAAAUGCAACUGCAGGAUUUUUACUUUGAUACCGGCAUACCUCGGCUCACAAUCCGCUCAAGUUCACCGCACUCGGACUUUCCAUCGCUGUCAGACUUUCUCCUGGGCGCUUCAAUCAACGAUACCGGUGCUAAUACAAAAAGUGCGGGGAGCUUGAAUGAAGCUGGAAUACCUACAGCUUUACCAGAGGUUGGUGGCGGGAAUAAUGUGAGUAGCGAGGCAGAUUUUUCAACAAGAAGUGGAGUUUAUGCCGCACUCACUCACUUCUACUCGUACCCAUCGGUUGACAAGUGGAUGGUUGACGGCGCAAAUGCUUCGGCUGUUAAUUGUUUAGUUGAUCAACCGUGUCUGAUGCAGUCCGGAGUGACUGUGUAUACUCCGUCAUUGACAACGUUGUCAUUGUUCCAAACACUUGCUGACGUGAACGUGGAUCCAACACUAAAGCGAGCAGUACGUCUGAAUGCACUGCAGGAUAUGACCGAAGAUGCCUUUGAAGCCGAACGACGAGCGCUUAAUCACGGAUUGCAAGGCCCUUCCACCGUUUGGUACUCUAGCCACGACCUCGACGUGGACGAGUUUGCUGACGCAGUGCUGGGCACAGUUAACAUGUCAAUAAGUGAAGAUCCAACCCCUCUUCACGUGUUCGAAAAGCACGUGAAUGAACGCGUACCCAUUCUGGACGAGGUGGUGUCGUACUAUGCAGAUACAAACCACGAUACUAAAAUCUCCAUGGAAUUUAAUCACAGCAUUCCGAUGCUCGACAACUUCGAAGAAAGCGAACUGGUCCAACUAAUUGCUGUGAUGGAGAGGCAAAUGGAGACUUUAGAUCAGUCGAUUGCCUCCUACAAACAAACUCGAGCUGCGAAUCCGCUGUAUCAGGAAGUUGUGAACGCUACGAAACGAGGAGAUUUCUACAAUGGAAGUGAGUACACUUUGGUAGGCUUUGGCUUCGUUGUACCUGCUACCAACGACAAAAAUGUGCUGUAUCGGGACAUGAAGUUGCCAGUCCCAUUCCACCUUAUUCUCCGUUUACUCGUGCGGUACCAAGAGAGUCGGUUGUUGCUACCACAAGAAUCCCGUCAGCUUUUGGUCUGCCUAGCGAUGGCAUUCUACAAUUUGUCCUUCUAUCGUUGCUGUCCUGCUUAG